AUGAAUCUCUUCUUGAUCAUUGCAAUUCUACUGAUCCAGAAGCCCACAGUAACAGAGCAACUUAAGAAAUGCUGGGGAAACUAUGUACAGGGACACUGCAGAAAAAUCUGCAAAGUGACUGAAAUACGUGAGGUACUAUGUGAAAACGGGAGAUACUGUUGCCUCAAUAUCAAGGAACUGGAAGAACGCAAAAAAACUACAAAGUCACCUCGUCCAAAGCCACCAUCACUUGCAUUAACUCUUCCUCAAGAUGGAGAAGCAAUGGAAAUUUUCUCAAUCCCCAAGACAUAUCACAAAUAA